GCGGAGGAGCGUGCUCAUCGCGGCGGCGGCGGCGGGGAUACUGCGACACGAGUACAGUCCACAAAAUGCCACAGACGGCAUACACAAUCCCCCACCCGGUUAGGCAACCGCCACCAAGCACGACACGCUCACAUCACAUCACAGAGCGCUCAAAGCACAGGCGGCCAAGUCGGCUUGCAGAAAGGAUGGCCGCCGCGGUCGCCUUGGCAAGCCCUCUCCGGCGGCUCCUCCACUUCCCUUGCCCGCGCCGCGCUAUCCCCGCACCACUCCGCUUCUUCGCGCGAGGGCGGUGUGACGUGGCCCUCGCCGUCUCGGCGGCCGCAGUCGGAGAUUCGUCUGCUAAGGGGGGCGUGCACAGGCACAAAGGGCUUCCCAACGAAGAGAUGUCUUCCACACCAGUUUUCUUACGCCACCUAUCAUAGCGGAGGCUAUGCUAGCAAUUGAAAAGUUAGCUGAUAUCAAAGCAGUAGCUCAGGGGGGCUAUCCACAGGCUGAGCGGUGCCGAAUUUCAGCUGGGCAUCCAGACUCUAUGAGAAGUGACCCAGAUGUAGUUGCUGCUUUGAGCAUCUCCGGGAAUUUCCGAUUGGAACCCUGUUCUCAUGGUGACUUUCUCGGUGCUAUUCUUGGGGCAGGAAUUACAAGGGAGAAAGUUGGAGAUAUACUUUUACAGGGGGAAAGAGGUGCUCAGGUCCUUGUUGAUCCAGAGCUUGUUGACUAUCUGACUUCCACACUAGAAAAGGUGGGGAAAGUUGGUGUUUCAUGCACCCAGAUUCCCUUGCUUGCUAUAGAGUAUGAGCCACCAAGGACCAAAUCUUUUAAAACUGUAGAAUCAUCACUUCGGGUUGAUGCUGUGGCCAGUGCAGGAUUUAAAAUAUCACGCACAAAGCUUGGUAGCAUGAUCAGUUCUGGAGAUGUUCGUGUGAAUUGGUCACUGGUUUCGAAAAGUGGAGCUACCCUCAAGGCUGGGGAUGUUGUUUCUGUCAGUGGGAUGGGGAGAUUAAAGAUUGGGGAAAUCGUGACUACGAAGAAAGGCAAAUAUGUCAUUCAGUUGAUUCAAUAUUUGUAGGCCCGUGACUGAUCAAUUGUUCUCUGAAGAAUACCUGACUGGUGAGUUUGCAAAGUGCUCAGUUGCUUACACAAGCAUAAGGGCUGCAGCUGCCUGCAAAUAUUUACGAUGAAACUGAUCCAUAAUAUUUAGAAGGGAAAAGGACAAGUGGACAGUACAUGUAAAGUAUAUGUGACAGCUUAUCUUUAAAGUCCAGAUCAAAUUGAGAAUGAAAUUUAGAAGGAUCAAAGUCUCUCUGUGAACUCCAACUCGUGUGAGGACUCGAUCUGCUUUAGGGCAAAAAGGUGAACAAAAAGUAUAUGUUUUGGAAACAAUGGAAAUGUGUUUCUUCUAUUCAUACUAAAGAGCGAUUCGCAAACAACAUCCUCAGCAAUUUUCUGUCAUCAGGAAACAUGUGACACGACUACGAUAUGGUAGGAAACCUUUUGCACUUGGGUAAUUGAUAACUAUGGGUCGUAACUUCAACUCGUUUUUUUCAAAGACUUCGCAAAGGGUUGUAUUCGUUGUACCGAA